AUGACUGAAGUUUUAAAUUCUUCAGUUCGUCAACGUUUAGAACCUUAUCUUUUGCUUUCUAAAUCUGCAAAAGGCGGUGCAUGUGUACAAUUGAUCAAAGAUGCACUGGCUGCGCCAGGCGUUUAUGUGUUUGCUGAAUUGUUAAGCAUGCCAAAUGUUGCUGAA